CUGCAUUUAUGAUUCCCCACCAACUUCUGUUUCUGGAGAAAAAUGAUUCCUCGUUCGUUGAUCGCAUCCCUCAUCCGGAUAAAAAAAACAAAAAGGAAAGAAAAAAAAUCCUUUCUCUUCCUUCUCACGACAGUCCCCCACCUCCUGCCACCGCCACCGGCGCCGCCGCUUCCAUCUCGCUUUCUUUCCGGCCCCAAGCUUUCUUCGCUUCCACGCCUCUGCUUCCUUCCCCUCCAAUUUUCCUUGACGUCCACUCUUCAAUUUCUCCGACUAAACGCUAAAACUAGCAGUCCGACCCACUCCAUCGCCAUUGACUUCAUCACUCAUCACUCUUCCUUCCCCCCAUUUUCGACUCUACUGCUUACAAUUUUAAACCAAACUUUCACGCAUUCCCAAGCUUAAAGAUUCCUUCUUUCCUUCCCUCUCUCCCUUGCCUGCCUGCCUCAUUUCCGACUUUCAUGGAGUGACGACGAAGAACACUUCUUUUCACCCACAUUCCACUCUGUUCUUCUCCCAAACCAUGGCAACUUCCUCCGCCGCGGCGUCGUUUAGCUCCCUCCUCUCCCGUUCCCCGACGUCUCUCCGCCGAUGUGACACCAAUUCCUCCUCCUUCUCGGUGUCCUUUCCCGGGAGUGGCGCACGGCUAGCGAGGCUCUCUGUUCUUCUUCCCAAUCCGCCGCCGCUGACGACGACGACGACUCCACUCCAAUCAUCGCCGUUCUCCGGUCGGGUUCGCACUCUGCUCGAAUCCCCGACUCCGAGAUUUAGGGAUUUUGCGGUUCGGUCUUGUUCGAAUGGGAGCCCCGAAGACGGCGGCGGUGGAAGGGGAAAGGAAGGAGAGGGAUCCGGCACCACCGGCGGCAUGAUAAUGGCGAGCUCCGCGGCCACGAUCGGGCUGGCGGUGGCCAAUCGGGUCCUGUACAAGCUAGCCCUGGUUCCGAUGAAGGAUUACCCUUUUUUCCUCGCUCAAUUCACCACUUUCGGGUAUGUGGUGAUUUACUCGUCGAUAUUGCAUGUGCGGUACCGUGCAGGGAUAGUGACUGAUGACAUGCUGGCCCUCCCCAAGUCUCGUUAUGUCGCCAUUGGCGCUUUUGAAGCUGUUGGAACCCUGAUUGGAAUGUACGCGGCAGCAAAUCUACCUGGACCUUCUAUACCUCUAUUGCAUCAGACAUUUUUGGUGUGGCAGCUUGCUUUCUCAAGCAUUUUCUUGGGACGAAGGUACUCAUACGGCCAAAUGGCUGGCUGCUUGCUUGUAGCUCUUGGUGUAGUAAUGGCUGUGUCAAGUGGAUCGAACGAAGAGUCCAUGUUAUCUGGCAGCGAGUACAUGUGGGCGGGUGUGAUGAUACUAUCCAGUGCUCUUCACUCCGGUGCCAUGAUACUAAAGGAAUUCGUGUUUCUUGAUGCUUCUGAAAAGCUCAAGGGGAAAUCGCUUGACAUAUUUGUCGUCAAUACACUGGGGUCUGGAUUUCAGGCUCUUUUCGUGCUUCUCUUUCUGCCCCUCAUGUCAAACUUCAAGGGCAUUCCGCUUGCACAACUUCCAUUGUACCUGAAAAGUGGCACUGGCUGCUUUCUCAAUCUCUGGUCAGACUCUCCAGGCAAGUUCUUAAAUUGCACCGGUGCUCCACUGCUCCCAAUGCUGUACAUAGCCGCUAACUUGACCUUCAACAUGUCCAUGCUCAACUUAAUGAAGCUUUCAUCUGCCGUCGUAUCCUCUCUGGCCACAACAUUAGCAGUGCCAUUGUCGAUCUAUGUUCUAUCGCUUCCAUUACCGUAUCUUCCCGAAGGAUCAACCUUGAGUCCAUACUUCCUGUUCGGGAGCGCGACUCUUGUGUCUGGUCUCGUCCUCUACAAUUUGGCUCCAGCUCAGAAGCAAACUAGUGAAUAGCUUAACAUAGUAAAGAAAACCCUUUUACCUCUUCUAACCUUUCUCAUACCUUGAAUAGCCUUCACUUUAGCUACGUUGUGGCGUUCUCUGUGGCUCUUUGUUUCGGCCGUCUUCGAGCCAGCCUGUUAAGUGUUCCAUCAGUAGUAGUUUCCUUAGCUGCGUUUUAUGUAAUAUGUCUCAAUCGACAUAUAGUUUCUCUGUGGUGGCACGUAUGGAUCGGGAAUUCUAAUGUGCCGUCAAGGUUAAACAGAAGUAUCACAAAUUGGGUUGGUUUUUAUUUUUCGCUGGUUCUAUUGGAUAGGAAUUAAUAAAUUAAUGAGGGAGAGAAAAUAAUUAC